GACGACAUUGAGGGGCAGGGGCAAGUUCUUAAGAAUGGUGGAGGUGAUUCAGUGAAAAAAACAAAGACAUUGAAGACAUAUAUUCUUGACCCAAGGGAGAAAUUCCUUAAAAGAUGGAGUGUAGGAUUUGUAUUGUCGUGUGUGACUGCAGUAGCACUGGAUCCAUUGUUCUUUUACCUUCCUGUGAUCAAUUAAAACAAGAAGUGCAUUGGGUUUGACAGUAGAUUGUGGAAAACAACUCUCGUUUUGCGAUCUUUCUUCGAUAUCAUUCACCUACUGCAUAUUAUAUUGCAAUUUUGCACUGGUUUUAUUGACGAGGAACUUCGGAAACAAGGAAAACCUGAGUUAAAUACAGAUGCUUGGAAAAUAGCUCAGAAAUAUUUGUGGCCUUGGUUCUUAUUCGACAUUCUAACUAUUCUCCCCAUCCCACAGGUGGUAGUUCCAAUUAUUAUUUCAGAAAUGAGAGGCACAGAAUCUACAAAUAAAGUAAAAUUCCUGAACGCUAUUGUUCUCUUCCAAUAUGUGCCUAGAGUUUAUCAAAUCUACCUAUCCUGGAGGAAACUAAUAACAACUGACAAGAAAUUUGAUAGAAUCAUACUGGUCAAAGCUUCAUUGAAUUUCAUUCUAUACAUCCUUGCUGGACAUGUAUUGGGAGCCUUUUGGUAUUUUUUCUCUACUCAACGACUAGCAGCUUGCUGGCACAUAGCGUGUGAUCAAAAUCAUACUGGAUGUUAUGGAACUUCUUUUAACUGCAAUGAUCGCAGUUCUGGAGAUCUCUCUUUUAUAAAUGAUAUUUGCCCAAUAAAUGUCCCAUAUACAACGUCCACCUUUGACUUUGGAAUAUUUCUUCUGGCCCUUCAGUCUGGUGUCUUAGAAUCGCCAGAUUUUCCACAAAAAUUAUAUUUCAGUUUCUGGUGGGGCAUGCGAAAUCUGAGUUCUCUUGGUGAAAACCUCCAAACAAGUAGCUAUAUAUGGGAAAACUGCUUUGCACUUUCUAUUUCCAUCUUUGGCUUGAUUCUAUUUCUAUAUUUCUUGGGAAAUUUGCAGAUGUACAUGCAGUGGACAACAUCAAAAUCCAUAAAAAAAUGGGAUAAGCUACGCAUGAAGAUGAAGUCAAGUCAACGACAAAAACAACAUAAGAGCAUGAUAAAAUGGAUUAUUAAAAAGGACUUUAAUAGUACAACAAAAAGCAAGAUUAUGGAGAACAUAAAUAAGAGAUAUGAAGAAGACGAAGACGUUACUGUGGAGAACCUGAUCCCUGAUCUUCCUCUAGAACUUCAAAAGGAAGUCAAGCGCCAUAUCUGCUUACCUCUACUAAAGAAUCUCAAAAUCAUAAAAGAUAAUGGCUUGGCUAAGCGUACACAACUGUUGCAUAAGAUUUGCGACUCUCUCCAGAGCAUCGCUACAUCGUCAAGGAGGGAGACCCUAUUGAUGCACAAUAAUAGUGAAGGAGCUAACUCCCAACAUGCUGAGCGCCUUUUAAACGGUCAGUACUUUGGAGGAAAACUUCUUGAAUGGAUUUUGACACCUAAAUCCGACGACAUGCGCAACCUAUCCAUACUUCCUGUUUCUUCAAAAACCCUCAAAACCCACACAAAAGUGGAAGCGUUUGCUCUAAUGGCCCAUGACUUGAAACAAAUAUGGCAUUCUAAGUUGUCACGAUUGGACACACAGCAAUUGAAGACCCGGGCAGCUUUACGUGUACAACGAAUCUGGCGCCAGCAUCGUGCAAAGACGGAUGAUGAUGUUGUUCAAGACAGGGCAGCCUCUCUUUGA